CCCCUUUGCUCUCUCCUGCGCAGGCGCGAUUGUGCCCGGCGGCCUGGCGGCGGCGGCGAAAAAUGUCCCCAGGCUAGGUAUUCUGCUUGUCUCCAGUGCGGUCGGCCGCUUGGAGUCCCCGUCGCGGCGGGCUCAGGUGCCUUCUCCAGGAGGGGCGGCAGGAAGGGAGAAAUGGCCACAAGGUUGCUGCCAGCCCAUGUUCAGGAGUCUGUGACGUUCAGGGACGUUGCUGUGUUCUUCAGCCAGGACGAGUGGCUGCGCCUGGACUCUGCACAGAGAACCCUGUACCGGGAGGUGAUGCUGGAGAACUACGGCACCCUGGUCUCGCUGGGAAUUCUCUUUUCCAAACCAAAGGUUAUCUUCCAGUUACAGCAAGGGGAAGACCCCUGGAUGGUGGAAAAUGGAGUUUCUCAAGACCCACGUGUAGGUUGAAGACACUUGUCAUCUCUGCCUUCAGAACAUCACGAAUGUGCCCACCUCCCCCCACUGUGCCAGUGCACAUCCAUCCAGUCUCCUAAGUGAACUGCUCUUCAUCUGCCCUUGUUUCUCCUGACCCCCAAUUACAAUCCAUUUGUCACACAACCAUCGAGGUCCUUUUCAUUUAAAAAAAG